AUGGGAAAACAAAUUAUGAUUGUAUUGCUUACGAUAGUAUUCAAACUGAAGAUGAAUAGUGCAAGUUCUGGCGUUUAUGUGAUAACUAAAGAUACAGGUAUAGAACAAGCUUUAGUUCCAGCACUUAAACUUGAGCAGAGAGAAAAUACUUUAUAUUACUUUGGAUAUACAAUGGAGGGUACUUGGUUCCAAGCAAUGGAGUUUUGCAAAUCACUUAAUAUGGAUUUAGUUAGUAUUGAAACAGAAGAGGAAAACGACUUUCUGCUUGAUCAGAUGAUAGAUUUCUUUGGUGACGCACCAGAAUAUCGGUUUUGGACAUCAGGAACUACAUUGGCGUACAACAAAUGGGUAUGGAUGGGAACCGGCCGUCCAAUUUUGUAUGGUAACUGGCAAACAGGUGAACCUGAUAAUUCAGGAAAUAACCAAGCAUGUCUAGAAAUUUCAUACUACAAGAAAACUCUUCAAUGGAACGACAUAGAUCAAAAUAAGAAAUUGCAAGCUAUUUGUGAGGCUAAAAUUACAAAAUCGAUGGCAGAAAUGGUUGCUAAGUUGUGUAAUUCAAACAGCACUGAAAGUGUUAAAAAUAGAAAAUAG